UUGAAAAUUAUUUAAAAUUUCAGUAAAAUAUGAGUGAAAUAAGCAUUAAAAAUUUAAUAUUUGAGGAAGAAAAAGAAGUGUUUUCUUAUCAUGAAAAUGCCUUAAAAGAUUUCAAAAGGUUUAUCAAAAAUCAAGGAAUUAACUUUCAUAUGGAUGAUAUUUUUCUCCUUGGUUUUCUUCGUGCUAGAAAAUUUGACCUCGAAAGAUCUCUUCAGUUACUCAAAAAUUACUUCAACGUUAGAAUAGAAUAUCCCCAAUACUUUAAGAAUCAUCUCCCUUCCAAGUUGGGACGUGUUUUAGACAUGAACAUAAUGCGAUUUUUGCCAAUACUCGAUCAGGACGGAAGUUACAUUUAUGUUUAUCAAUUUCGUAACUGGGAUACUUCUAUUGCGAGUGGUGUGGAAGUAUUGCGUGCUAUAAUGCUCGUACUGGAUUUUCAGUUAAAUUUUCAUAGAGCUCAAGAAAAGAAAGUCGUAUGUAUUAUUGACUCAGCGGGUUUAGCUUUGACACAUUUCUACCAUUAUCCUCCUAGAGUGGUCCAUUCAAUGGUGACUUUUAUAUUUAAAGAUUCUUAUCAGCUUCGAUAUAAAGAAGUACAUUUCGUCAACCUGAAUAUCAUCAUAAAGGCAUUUUUAACUAUAAUGUUUCCACUUUUACCAUCUAAACUCCGGAAGAGAUUUCAUAUUCAUUCUGACAUGGAAUCUCUACACAAAUUCGUCAACCCAGACUGCUUGCCUUCAGAAUAUGGAGGAAAUUUACCCGAUUUCGAUCCCACUGAAGCCACUAAUAUGAUCAAAUCUAACGAAGAAUACUUUCAAAGGAACGAAGAGUAUGUGAAAUUGUACGAAGAACAAAGAAAUAAGAAUUUUACAGAGGGCACAUUUAGAUACAUUCGCGAAGGUGUAGAAGACGAAAAAAUAAAGAAAUUUAUGGAAAAAUCAGAAGAAAAAUUCCAACGUCAUGCUGACAAUCCAGAAGCUUUCAUAGCUGCUUUGAAAGAAGAUUCUGAAUUCGAAAUGACUCAUUUUUAAGUGGUGGAUAUGAAGUCAAUUUUUAAAACAAAAAAGAUAAAUUGCAGUUAAUACUUAUCACAAGUAAGUAAGUGUAUACUAACGUUACAAAAUAAAUUUUUGCAUUAGAAAUUAUUUUUUAUUGAGUAAACUAUGAUGAUUUUGUAAACACUAAACAACUUUUUGUUGUACCUUAUCUUAACUAAAGAAAUAAAAUGUGUCAUCCAUUUUAUGAAAACUUUAUAAAUCUAGAUGCUUCUUUACAAAGACAAGAAUUUGAAAUUUCUAUUUAAAAUAUACAAACUCCCAUUUAAUACUAAGUAAGAUAAAGUAUAAUAUUUUGAUGAAAUUAAAAAUACAAAUAAGAAUUACCAAAUUAAAAAUAUUUGGAACUGUACAGGGAGGAAUUAACAAAACUGUUGUCUUAGUAAGCGAUGUUUCUUUCUUUACACUUCUGGUUAUAUACUUAAGAAUCUUGUACUGUACUUAAUAACUUCAGUAAGUAUGAAUAUAGUAGUCUGUAGGAAUUUAUUCGUAUUCUAAGAUAAAAGACUUUGUUUCAUAACUUUUAUGGUUAUAUGUACAGAAUGAAGAAUAUCCUAAUAAGGUUAUUAACAUUGUUAGAUUGAAAUAGGAAAGCGGAGGCAGUUGCUAUAAUCUUCCAAGUUAAUUAUGAGAACAAUAAGAUACGUUCGCUUAUAAAUAAGAUUGUGUGUAGCUCUAUGUGUCUUAAUUUUUUCAAUGGAGAUAAGUCUUAAUUUUGAUAAUAAUUAUGAGUUCUCAUAAAUACUGUAAGUGAUAAUAACGAGUAAAAUUUUUGUUAAGUGUGAUUCCAUACAAGAUAUGACACAGAACUCAUCUUCAUCUCCUCCUUGUCAUUUCACCAAAAUUUAAUAACAUCAAUUGCUUAUAUAUAAAAAUAAUCCUAAUAAGUUGAAAACACAUAUAUACUUCUUAGGCUCCCGUGACUUGCUAACGAAAUUUUUUUGAGUUAUUUUAUCUGGUACAAAAUGCCUGACAUUAUACCUGAUAGGAGUUUGUCUUAUUGAAAAUGUUAAUCCUGCCAAGAAAUUGUGCACGACCUGUUAUCUGUUGCCCAGAGGUACUUCGAGUUUUAAAGGAAAAACCAGUUUUACAGACGUUCCAAAUUUCUUCAUAAAAACAAUGAAUCUGUUUAAAAAUUUUUUCUUUGUAAAAUGUAUUCGUUUCAAUGUCUCCAUUGUUUUAUGUAUAAAUAAAUUCUUUUCUUUCUAAA